CCGAGAUCCCUCCGCCUGCUCAGCCGCAACCUCCUAUUAACACCUACCUGGAUAACAUUGAUAUGCUUUCGACUUCCCUGGAUCCCUCAAUGCCUGCUUUCAGUCAGACCUUUGAUGUGCCAAAUCAGAGCCAGUGGCCCUUGGCUACUCAAGCGCCAUAUUCAUUUGACUCGCAGUUGACUUUUAGCUCCUAAUAACAGUGUUGUUUUGGCUGUUAUGAUCCAAAUUCAUGCGCAAAAUUACACUGCUGCAGGUCAGUAUUUCCUGUAUGUCGUUCCUAGGCCACUUACUCGUUCUGAGACGGAUAUCACUGCUGCAACAAGGGGUGACAACUCAGAAAGGGAGAGUUCAGAUAUUGUUUAUUUAACUGGCGGCGUGUUUCUGUGAUAUAGUUAUUUCAUAUGCCAACCGACCUUUAUAUCCUUGUUGAUCUUUGUAAGAUAACUCUUGAUUGUGUUGUAUUUUAUCCUUGCCUGUAUUUCUCCAAGAGCUGAUGUAAGCUCGC